AUAAAUGAAAAAGGGUAACUCCCAGCAGCUGUUUCAAAAGAUACCAGUGGGGAGGCAGUAGGGAAGAUGAAACUUGUCAGGGAGCUCACAGGAGAAGCGGAAGGAAACUUCACUAUUUGCAGAUUCUUAAGCCAACAAAAGUACCUCUAUCACUUUCUAUCUGGAAGACAGAUUCAAAGAGGGAGCCCAGAGCAACAGUUCAAGACAGGCAUUUCCGGUGGCCAAGUGGAUAAGAGCAGCCUGCAGGCAUGGGACAGGCCCUGGGGAUUAAGAGCUGUGACUUUCAGGCAGCAAGAAACAAUGAAGAGCACCAUACCAAGGACAUCAGCUCCAGGCGUCUCAUUGUGAGGCGGGGGCAGCCCUUCAGCAUCAGGCUGCACUUCCGGGCUCCAGUCCACACAUUUCUGCCUGCGCUGAAGAAGGUGGCCCUCAUUACACAAACUGGAGAGCAGCCUUCCAAGAACAACGGAACCCAAGCCACAUUCCCGAUUUCCAGUCUGAGGGACCAGAAGUGGUGGAGUGCGAUGGUGGAGGAGAGAGAUACCCAGUCCUGGACCAUCUCUGUGACCACACCCUCAGACGCUGUCAUUGGCCACUAUUCACUCCUGCUGCAGGUCUCAGGCAGGAAGCCACGCCUCCUGGGCCAGUUCACACUGCUUUUUAACCCCUGGGUUCGAGGGGAUGCUGUGUUUCUGGAGAAUGAGGCUCAGCGCAGAGAGUACGUGUUGAACCAGAACGGCCUCAUCUAUCUGGGUACUGCUGACUGCAUCCAGGAGGAGUGCUGGGACUUUGGCCAGUUCGAGGGGGAUGCCAUGGACCUCAGCCUGAGCCUGCUGAGCAUAGACAAGCAGGUGGAGAAGUGGAGCAACCCCGUGCAUGUGGCCCGAGUUUUGGGUGCCUUGCUGCAUGCUUUCAAGGAGAAGAAGGUCCUGCCCACGCUGCAGAUCCAGGCCGCCCGGGAAGGGUCCUUGCUGAACAAGCACAGAGGCAGCAUGCCCAUCCUGCGGCAGUGGCUCAGAGGCCAAGGACGACCUGUGUAUGAUGAUGAGGCCUGGGUGUCCGCUGCUGUUGCUUGCACAGUGUUGCGGUGCCUGGGAAUCCCUGCCCGAGUCGUUACCACGUUCGCCUCAGCCCAGGGCACUGGAGGGGGCCUGCUUGUGGAUGAGUACUACAAUGAAGAGGGGCUUCAGAAUGGAGAAGGCCAGAGAGGCAGAAUCUGGAUCUUCCAGACGUCCACAGAAUGCUGGAUGACUCGGCCUGCUUUGCCCCAGGGUUAUGAUGGAUGGCAGAUUCUGUACCCCGGUGCUCCUAUAGGAGAUGGAGUCCUGAGGGCCUGUGAUCUGGUCCCAGUCAGAGCAGUCAAGGAGGGGACACUGGGGCUGACCCCUGCAGUAUCAGACCUUUUUGCCGCAGUAAACGCCUCAUGUGUGGUCUGGAAGUGCUGUGAGGAUGGCUCACUGGAGCUGACCAACUCCAACACUAAGUAUGUUGGCAACAACAUCAGUACCAAAGGUGUGGGCAGUGACCGCUGUGAGGACAUCACUCAGAAUUACAAGUAUCCUGAAGGAUCUCUUCAAGAAAAAGAGGUGCUGGAGAGAGUCCAGAAAGAGAGACUGGAACAUGAGGAAGACAGUGAAAUCCAUCUUCCUAGUCUUGAGACUGCCGACCCUCUGUACCUGUUUUUGGAAACGCCCGGCUCCCUACCCCAGGGAGGCGACAUGCAGCUCUCUGUGACCCUGGUUAACCUCAGUGACCAAGAGAAGGAGGUGCAGCUGGCAAUUGGGGUACAGGCCAUGUACUACAACGGCAUCCUUGCUGCCCAUCUCUGGAAGAAGCAGCUGUCUUUGACACUCAGUGCCAACCUGGUUAGGAGGAUCACCACCAGCCUGUCCUACUCCAAUUUUGAGCAAAGCCCACCUGAGAACAGCUUCCUCAGGCUCGCGGUCAUGGCAACACACUCCAAGUCCAGCCUCAGCUGCUUUGCUCAGGAAGACAUCGCCAUUUGUAGACCAUGCCUUGUCAUCGAGAUGCCAGAGGAAGCAGAGCAAUAUCAACCUCUUAAGGCCUCAGUCAGCAUCUGUAACUCCCUAGAUGCAACCAUGAAGGAUUGUGUAAUCUCCAUUCUUGGAAGGGGGCUUAUUCACAGAAAGAGGAGAUACAGAUUAAGUUCAGUGCGGCCCGGAAGUACCUUGUGCACCCAAUUCCUGUUCACGCCGACGAAGGUGGGGCUCCAGCGGCUCACUGUGGAGAUGGACUGCAACAUGUUCCGGAACGUAACCAACUACAAAAGUGUAACUGUGGUAGCCCCUGAACUUGCGGCUUAAACUACCAGCUCUAGUGUAUCACUCGCCUCAAACACACCCUUGAAUCUACGAUCUAAAACCAAAUGUGCUGGAAAGGGAAACUUUGCUUAUCAGACAAAUGAAAUCUCCAUUCAGGUUGAGCAGAAAAGUAACUAAGAACAAAACUAGAUUCCCAGAAAUCAUUAGAAAAGACAUUCAUUUUUGUCACCCCAGCUUAAGCAGCUCUGAAGACUAAUUGUCUUAGAAUAAAAACUACUGGGCUUGAGUGAUAAAAGGAAGCCUUUGAAAAGGUACUCAGAUAAGUACGUUGAUAUUUUUCUGGUUCAGGAUUUUUCAUAUUACUGCUAACUAAAACAUUCAUUAACUCAUAGGUAAGGAAAAGAACCUAACAUUUAAAUAAUUUUUAUAUUUCUGAUGAAGUGGGACAAUUAUUUGCUAAAAAUGGAAUUUUUAGAUAAUCCUAAGAUUACACUGAUUAGUGCUACCCCUGAUCAUUAUACUUAAAGAUCCAAGAAGACUGAAAAAAGUUAUAAAAUAUCCAACAUAGUACCUGAGAGAAUGAUCUUCUAGAUUCAGCUAUAGAUAAGCUUUUAUGAGCGAUCUAUAUUCAUAAAGUAUUCCACAAUUAAUGUCUGAUGUUAAUGACCUGAAUUUGGUCUAGUAGAGAAUUAUGAAAAUUAUUAAGUAUAUAGAAAAUAGGCCCUAUAAGAAAAAAUAAAAGAAUCGGAUUGCUUUUGUACAAAGUUAUGAUUUUUUGUUGUUGUUGUUUACAUUCUUUUAUUGCUUUGGCACUCUCUCAGUUUGAUUUUAGUUCCUUCUCUUUAUGAUAAUUCUUAAAAAUACAGAACGACACUUCGUAAAGGUAAAUCAGAACUCUUCACUUAGGAAUUUCAACCCCAAGUAUAUACUAGUUGCUCAAAAGAAUGGGGGUGCAGUUGCUGAGCUUACCUAAAGAGAACAUAGGGACAUCAGAAGGGCAGAUGUGAUAAAUUACACCUAUACAAAGAAAAG